UGCGGCUGCACCUAUGAGUCUCCGCGUAAAUGAAUAGCCGCGGCCCGAGCCGAUUAUGCCGAUAAGGAGCCUAUGACUCGCCCCUCCGUCCGAUAAUGGCAUGCGACGGCUCAUCCGCGGAGGACUUCCCGGACAAAGUGAUGCCCACGGCGGCGCCCUGCACGUGCAACAAGAAGUGCAGGGGUCGGAGCAGCAGCGUUGUUUUCCUGGGAUUAUUCCUGCUGUCGCUGUCCCUGCACGCGGUCACGCUCGUCUGCUAUUUGGAUCUGCGGUCCGAAGUCAAAAGGGAAAUAAUCCACCAGAAGCGGGACUCAAUGCUGACACUUGCGGGCAGUGACCCGGCUGACCCGGCGGAGGGGCUCUCCCCCGGACACCCGCGUCUGGACCCCGGCAGCAGCAGCAGCAGCAGCAGAGAGGGCCAGGAGGAAAAGUUCUUGCACAGAAGUAGCGACUUCCACGCCACAGAGGACACCAGAGGUAUAACUCAGCGGGCGAAAAGGAGUCCCGGCAAUCAGCCAGAAGCAGAAUCGACUGGAACCACUUCAAGAAGAAAAGACAAGAAAAAAGGAAAAAAGCGUUCAGUGCCAGGGCCCCCUGGUCCCCCGGGUCCACCCGGCCCACAGGGGCCACCGGGCAUCCCUGGAAUCCCGGGUAUUCCAGGAAGCAAUGUUGUGGGGCCCGCCGGGCCCCCCGGACCCCCUGGGCCACAAGGGCCUCCGGGCGCACAAGGUCCGGCAGGGGUUGCCGAUAGGACCAAAACAAAGGAAUUCCAGCCUGCAGUGGUUCAUUUGCAAGGCCAGGAAACAACCAUUCAAGUGAGAGAAGACCUCUCUCAAGGCGUCCUAAAGAACUGGAAGAUGGUGUCCAUCCAUCACCGCGUCUUUAAAAUGCACUCUCGCACUGGGCAGCUGGAGGUGCUGUUGGACGGUGUCUACUUCAUAUAUAGUCAGGUAGAAGUGUACUACCUCAACUUCACUGACAUUGCCAGCUAUGAUGUGAUGGUGGACUCCAACCCGUUCCUCCGCUGCACCUGCAGCAUCGAGACGGGCCAGCGCAAGUUCAACACCUGCUACACGGCCGGGGUGAGCCCGCUCCGCGCCGGCCAGAGGAUCUCCAUACGCAUCGCCCACGAGUACACACUCAUCAACAUGACCAACCACACCACCUUCCUGGGAAGCGUCAGGCUCGGAGAGGCUCCAUCUGCUGGACAGAACGGAUAACUGCACAACCACCGGCCCUCUGCAGAAGUGGAAAAGUUGCUCAAAACGGUCUCACGUGUCCAGAGUCACUAAGUCAUCACCUCCUGUCCCAUGUAGGAUUAAUCCAUUGAUUUGGAGCAGCUUUUAAACCCGCCCCUCUCGAGGGGAAACUCUGUGUUAUUAAAGGUGAAGACCCCCCCCACACCGUGGGUGACUUUGCUCACUUCCACAUCUGUAUUAAAAAGGAGAAUAUAGAGUGUUUCCCUUCCAUUGGUAUCGAUCCUGUGCAGAGAGAGAUAAGCCUCAACGAACCAAAUGUCCUCAUCAGACUAAAGUAUCUAUUUAUAGUCACCAUUAUGAGUCAACACGCCCAGCAUCUCUAUAGCAAAGGAAGACAUUGCGCUGACAGAUAAUUAGUAAUUACUUUUUUUUUUUUUUUAAAGUGCUGUUGAAUGACAAUCUUGUAUCUCCAAAAACUGUGGUGAUCUGAUAUUUUUAAUGAAUCUGAUCAUCUCAACAGUUUUAGGUGGUUUAAAAAGAGCUUAUUAGCUCCACCUGUUCCAGGGGUAUAAAAAGAGAUUAUAUAAAUGCUCAAAGCAAGCAUAAAGGUAUCCCCCACAAAGCUAAGAAAACUCAUAAAAAGUGGAGUUGUAAGGUUUUUCACAGAGCAACAGCACUUCGUUUUUUUUGCGCACAUUUGCACUAAUUACAGCAUCCCUGCAGAAUAUCAGUGAUAUGUUUUGUUACAGUGCUAU